AUGGAAGCGAUUGCAUCUUAUUUGGUUUAUUUUUGUUUCCGGCUUACAAAGCAACAAUGGGCCGCUGAAGAAGAAGAAUCACACCGUUAUGUCGUCUCAAGGCUCCCAUUAAUCCUCUCCGGCGUGUUCUACUGCAGCGGUCCCGGAGAUCUCAAGCUUGAACCCAGAUAUGGAUGCAACUCUAAUGGUAGUUUCCAUGAAACAAACUUUAGCUACCUCCCAUUUUACCACAACUCCAGCAUCAUAAAUUGCAGCAAUGGUCUUCUCCUCUUUUACAGAAGCAUUCCCUCUGCUUUUCAUGUAUGCAAUCCUACCACAAAAACAUGGGCAUCUCUACCCAAGCCAAGGGGUAAGAGCCAGCUCUCAAUAUUAGCUUUUGAUGCGUACAAAUCACCAUAUUACAAGGUGGUUUGCUUCAGUGGGUGGGAAGCACAAGGAGGCCAGCUUGAAGUCUUCUCGUCGUUGGUCGAACACAGCUUGAAUUGGGGAGUUGAUACCAACAACUUGUCAGCUUUGAUGAAUUACUUUAAUGGUGUUCUAUAUGUUCUUACUCUUCCUGGACAUGUUGCUUGCAUUGAUCUAGAAAAGAUGCGUUGUAGCGUAAUUGAGUUGCCUGAGAACAUGAAAAAUGACUCUUCUUUAGGAAAUUCUGGUGGGUUUCUCCACUGCGCAGUAAGUGACGCAAUUGAAUUGAGGAUUUGGGUUUUAAAAGGAAUGAAAUGGGUGUUGAAGAACAGAGAGGAUGUGGUUUUCCUAUGGGUUAUGGGCAAGUUGAUGUUUUAUGAUCUUUGUAAAAAGAGAUUUGAUUUGGUUUGUGAGCUGGGAACAGAGAAGGAGAGGGUUCAAUUUGUGGCAACUAAAGGAGAAAUUAUUCUGUGCGGACACCGGUCACUGCUCUAUGUUCGGAUGCCGCGAUACCGAGCCGCAGUAUCGAGCCGUGAUACAGUAAAAGGGUGA